GGAGAGGUUUCCCUGUUUCCUGGUUCGGGGCUGGCAGCCAUUUUGGGUUGAGGCGCUCAGAGCGGAGGCUGCCGCCUGCGAGGGGACGGGGGAGAAGCUGCUGCCUCCGCUGCCCCGUCGGACGCCUGCAUCUGCGGAGCUCCCGCUGCGGGGGUCUGGCCGCCGCCGCCGCUGCUCCUCAGAGCGAGCUCGUUCUCCAGAGGCCGCGGGGCCCCCACUGACAUGUCCAGCAUGAAUCCCGAAUAUGACUAUUUAUUCAAGCUACUUCUGAUUGGAGACUCUGGUGUUGGGAAGUCUUGCCUUCUACUUAGGUUUGCAGAUGACACAUACACAGAAAGCUACAUCAGCACAAUUGGUGUGGAUUUUAAAAUCAGGACUAUAGAGUUAGAUGGGAAAACAAUCAAACUUCAAAUAUGGGACACAGCAGGCCAAGAGAGAUUUCGAACGAUCACCUCCAGUUACUACAGAGGAGCCCAUGGCAUCAUAGUUGUGUAUGAUGUUACAGACCAGGAGUCCUUCAAUAAUGUAAAACAGUGGCUGCAAGAAAUAGACCGUUAUGCCAGUGAAAAUGUUAACAAGUUGUUGGUAGGGAACAAAUGUGACCUGACCACAAAGAAAGUAGUAGACUAUACAACAGCAAAGGAAUUUGCAGAUUCCCUUGGAAUUCCAUUUUUGGAAACCAGUGCAAAGAAUGCAACAAAUGUAGAACAGUCUUUCAUGACCAUGGCUGCGGAGAUUAAAAAACGAAUGGGUCCUGGAGCUACAGCUGGUGGUGCAGAAAAGUCCAAUGUUAAAAUUCAGAGCACUCCAGUCAAGCAGUCUAGUGGAGGUUGCUGCUAAAAUUUGCCUCCCCCUUUUGUCUCUCAACAAUGAAUUUUGCAAUCUGAACCCAAGUGAAAAAAAUUGCCUGAAUUGUACUGUAUGUAGCUGCACUACAACAGAUUCUUACCGUCUCCACAAAGGUCAGAGAUUGUAAAUGGUCAAUACUGACUUUUUUUAUUCCCUUGACUCAAGACAGCUGACUUCAUUUUCAGAACUGUUUUAAACCUGUGUGCGCUGGUUUAUAAAUGUGUGUAAUCCUUGUUGCUUUUCCUGAUACCAGACUGUUUCCCGUGGUUGGUUAGAAUAUAUUUUUUGUUUUGAUGUUUAUAUUGGCAUGUGUUGAUGUUGGGUUUAGUCUUCUGAAGAUGAAGUUCAGCCAUUUUGUAUCAAACAGCACAACAGUGUCUGUCACUUUCCAUGCAUAAAGUUUAGUAAGAUGUUAUAUGUAAGAUCUGAUUUGCUAGUUCUUUCUUGUAGAGUUAUAAAUGGAAAGAUUACACUAUCUGAUUAAUAGUUUCUUCAUACUCUGCAUAUAAUUUGUGGCUGCAGAAUAUUGUAAUUUGUUGCACAAUAUGUAACUAACAACCGAAGAAAUGUUUAAUAAAUAUUGUACUUAUUGGAAGUAAUAUCAAACUGUAUGGUGAUAAAUAUUGUCUUAAUUCUUAUGGCUAAGGGGGAAAUUAGGCUUGCAUUGUGCCCAAAAUGUAUCAUGUGCAGUAAUGGCACUCUAGACCCUCUAGUAGACCAAACACCCUUCCCAAAACAUGUAACUAGGAAGUAUGGCCUAGAAGACUAAGUUGUCAUAGUCCUUCAGGCACAUAUACUGUACUUGAAAGACAAUUUAAGAGACUAAUGUUCAUGGAAGCAUAAUGCAUUCUGAAUGUACAGUAUUUUUUCCCCAUCUUAGUCUAUGAACUUUAAUUUAUUUCUGAAGGACUUCCUUUAGAAAUUCUUGUCUACUUUGCUCUGUAUUAGAGGUGGAAAACAUUUUUCCUAACAUGUGAAUGACUUAAAACUAACAACUCAAGGUGAUGUAACUCUGCCAGUAUGUCAUGUCUUUCUAUAUACUGUUACUUCCAUAUUCUUUUAAUCAAAUACUGUUUUGACUUAUUUAAUAAACUUAGUGCAACAA